AUGUCGUCCCCCAACCCUGACGGUACCCCACAAGAGCCUGAGCCUGAACUCUCAAGCUCCAAGAAGAAAGAAAAAAAAAGAAAGUGGCCACAGCACGAGGCCAGCAUCCGAGCCCUCACCAGGGCUGGCCACGGGGCCCUACUGGCCGGCCGGAACCAUGAGGCCUUGACCAGCUUCCAAAGGGCCUUCCUCCUGGCCUCCAAGGCCCCACGGAAAAGGGACGCCCCGGUUCUCCGGGCCUGUGCCUUCAACCUGGGGGCUGCCUAUGUGGAGACUGGGGACCCAGCCAGAGGCCUUGAGCUGCUCCUGCGAGCCCAACCGGAAGAGAAGGCACAAGGAAGGUGUCAUGGUGACCAGUGUUUCAACGUGGCUUUGGCAUACCAUGCCCUGGGUGACCUGCCGCAAGCUUUGGCCUGGUACCACAAGGCCCUGGGCCACUACCAGUCACUAGGUGACCAGGGGCAAGCCCAAGCCAAAAUGGGAGCCUGCUACCAGGCUCUGGGACGGCCCGAGCUAGCAGCCCACUGCCUGCAGGACGCAAGCUGGGCCUAUGCCCAAGCAGGACAGACCCGAGCUGCAGCCCUGGCCCUGGGUGCUGCCGCGGGGUGUCUGCUGAAGAGCGGGCAGCACGGCGUGGGAGAAGUGGUGCAGGUGCUGGAGGAGAGCCGGAGGCUCGCUGAGAAGAGCCCUGAGCAGGGACUGCUGGGGCAACUCUAUAACGACCUAGGCCUGAGCUACUCCCAGCUCCAGCUGUUCCCGCUCGCGGCAGAGUCCUUCCUGCAGGCCCUGCCCCUAUGCCCAGGGCCAGGAGAGGAGGCCACAGUGCUGCGGAACCUGGGGAUGGCCCACAACGCCCUGGGCAACUAUCUGGAGGCCCGGGACUUCCACCAGAAGGCUGCCGACCUGCAUG